CUGAACCAUGCUCCAAACCCCUCAAACCCUAGUUCUCAUUUUAAAAAUGGUGAAGAACCCACCUCUUAAAGCUCUCUCGCUCUUCAACUCUUCAAUUCUCCAAGGUCUUCAACACACCCCUGAAUCCAUGGCGUUUACUCUAGACAUUCUCCUUUCUUCCAACAUGCUCCUACAUUCUCAGUCCAUUAUCCUCCAGAUUAUAUCUGGUAGAAUCUUGUCUCCUUUCUUCACUUCCUUGUCUCUGUUCCAACAUUUAACUCAGCCCAACUUGUAUCCCAACUCAAUGAAUCAAACCCUUCUCUAUGAAUCAAUAAUCAAUGCCCAUGUUCAAUCUCAGUUACCUGAUCAAGCCAUAUAUUAUUUCAAUCAAAUGGUAGACAGAAACCUUGUCCUUGGACCCAAUACUUUGAAUAAUAUACUGAGUUUUCUUAUAAAAUUUGAUUCUUUUGAUAAAGCUUGGAUGCUUUUUACCAAGUCCAAGGGGAGGGUUAAGUUGGACGUUUAUAGUUUUGGGAUAAUGAUCAAAGGAUGUUGCGAGGCAGGUGAUUUAAGCAAAAGUUUUGAGCUUUUAGGUCAGGUAGAAGAAUUGGGUUUGUCUCCAAAUGUUGUUUUAUACACUACUUUGAUUGAUGGGUGUUGUAAAAAUGGUGACUUUGAGCAGGCAAAAAUGUUGUUUUGCAGAAUGGAGGAGCUUGGGUUGGUUCCCAAUGAGUAUACAUACACAGUUUUAAUCAAUGGAUUCUUUAAAAAAGGACUUAAAAAAGAUGGGUUUUUGCUAUACGAGAAGAUGCAGCUCAAUGGGGUGAUUCCUAAUUUAUAUACUUACAAUUGUGUGAUGACUGAGUAUUGCAGUGAGGGAAAAGUAAGUAAAGCUUUCGAGAUGUUUGGUGAAAUGCGUGAAAGAGGAGUAGCAUGUAAUGUUGUUACAUACAAUAUUUUGAUUGGAGGAUUGUGUAGAGAGACAAAAGUUUGGGAUGCUGAGAAGUUGGUGGAUCAAAUGACGAGGGCUGGUAUAAGUCCAAAUUUGAUUACAUAUAACUCGCUAAUAGAUGGUUUUUGCAAUGUUGGAAAGUUGGAGAAGGCUAUGUAUUUAUUUAAUCAAUUGAAGACGAAGGGUCAAUCUCCAUCUUUGGUGACUUAUAACAUUCUCAUUUCUGGUUUUUCUAGAGCAAGAGACUCGGCAGCAGUUGCUGGUUUGGUAAAGGAAAUGGAGGAGAGAGGCAUAAGGCCUUCUAAAGUAACACAUACAAUCGUAAUUCAUGCAUUCAUUAGAUCAGAAAACACAGAGAGAGCAGUUGAGUUAUAUUUGUUUAUGCAGAAGGCUGGUCUGGUCCCAGAUGUUUAUACCUUUGGUGUCUUGAUUCAUGGGUUGUGCACAAAGGGCAAUAUGAAGGAAGCCUGGAAACUAAUUAAAUCAAUGGACGAAAUGCAGUUGAAGCCAAAUGAUGUGAUAUACAACACAAUGAUUCACGGGUAUUGCAAAGAAGGUAGCUCCUAUAGAGCCCUGAGGCUGCUUCAAGAAAUGUGUGAGAAGGGGCUGGUUCCUAAUGUUGCUAGCUACAGCUCUACUAUUGGACUUCUUUACAAGGAUGGGAAGUGGCAAGAGGCUGAGGCUUUAUUGAAAGAGAUUGUUGAGUCGGGUUUGAAACCUACUGUCUCUAUAUAUAAUCUAAUCUCUAAACCCAAACACCUUACAUAGUUGAAGAUUCCAAGCACCAUCUUCUGAACGUGAUGCUAUUUGGAAGGAAAUCGAAAGUGAGGAGACAUUCAAUAAAACAUGGAUGUCUGGUGGCUUUAAUUGAUAGCCCAAAGCUUUCGUUGUGUGAAGGAGGAUAUCAGAGACUUGUACUAUGAAGGAAAUAGAAGAGACCAUAAGUUAAAUGAGGUUUGUCCUAUCACCUAAAUGCUAUCCAAAAGCUACCAAUUUUGAAGGAGGAGAUCUGAGAUAUCCAAGCAGUGUGGGGUAGUUACUUCAUUUCUGUGGACGACAAUGGCGACGAGAAUAAAGGAGGAGGACGACAUAACCAACAAUACCAAGUUGGAAAAU